GCGGCAGCGGCGGCAAGAUGCUGGAGAUCCAGCUGGACGAUGGCGGGGUGGGGGGCUACGGGGGGGACGACUACUGCUCGGGCUCGGUGAUGUCGGAGCGGGUGUCCGGCCUGGCCAACAGCAUCUACCGCGAGUUCGAGCGCCUCAUCCGCUGCUACGACGAGGAGGUGGUCAAGGAGCUGAUGCCGCUGGUGGUGACGGUGCUGGAGAACCUCGACUCGGUGCUGACCGACAACCAGGAGCACGAGGUGGAGCUGGAGCUGCUGCGGGAGGACAACGAGCAGCUCCUCACCCAGUACGAGCGCGAGAAGGCGCUGCGCAAGCAGGCCGAGGAGAAGUUCAUUGAAUUCGAAGAUGCCCUGGAACAAGAGAAGAAAGAACUGCAGGUACAGGUCGAGCACCUUGAAUUUCAAACACGGCAGCUGGAGCUGAAGGCCAAAAACUAUGCAGAUCAAAUUUCUCGAUUGGAAGAGCGAGAGUCAGAAAUGAAGAAAGAAUACAAUGCCCUUCACCAACGGCACACAGAGAUGAUUCAGACCUAUGUGGAGCACAUUGAGCGAUCCAAAAUGCAGCAGGUUGCAGCUGGAAAUAGCCAAAACGAGAGUGGUCUACCUGGGAGAAGCAUGAAGAGACGUCCUAAUUCCCUGAACAUCCCCCUUACAGAUGACAUGGUACGUGGGCAGGUGGGGGCCAAGGUCGCCCCCCCAGUGGACCACUGGCACCUGAGUGACCUCGGCCAGCUGCAGUCCAACUCCGGCUACAAGUGCCCGCCUGAUGAAAUGUCUGAAUCCGGACAGUCCUCGGCAGCUGCGACACCGAGCACGACUGGAACAAAAUCUAACACGCCCACCUCCUCCGUGCCAUCUGCUGCUGUCACCCCGCUCAACGAGAGCCUUCAGCCCAUGAAUGACUACAUCACGUCGAAGAACAACAAGCGGUCCCGUGAGAAGAGGAACAGUCGAAAUAUGGAGGUUCAAGUUGCUCAGGAGACGAGGAACGUGAGCAUAGGCAUGGGAAGCAGUGAUGAGGGAUCAGAUUUUCAAGAUAUUGACUCCACUCCGGAGCUGGACAUGUGCCAGGAUCCCCGACUAGAACGCACAGGAAACAGCCCAACUCAGGGGAUUGUCAACAAAGCCUUCGGCAUCAACACCGACUCGCUCUAUACAGAACUCAGCGAGGUGGGCUCGGAGGCUAUUGGGGAUGUGGACGAAGGAGCAGACCUGCUAGGGGAGUUUUCAGUGCGGGAUGAUUUCUUUGGGAUGGGCAAAGAAGUGGGGAAUCUGUUGAUGGAGAACACACAGCUGCUGGAAACAAAAAAUGCUUUGAACAUAGUGAAGAAUGAUUUAAUUGCAAAAGUUGACCAGCUCACUGGGGAGCAGGAAGUGUUGAAAGGAGAGCUGGAAGCAGCAAAGCAGGCGAAAGCCAAGAUGGAGGCCAGGAUCAAGGAACUAGAGGAGGAGCUGAAAAAAGUGAAAUCAGACGUGAUUUUUAACCGCCGAGAGACCAAAGAAGAGGUCGAGGAUGUAAGCAGCUAUCUCUGUACAGAAUUGGACAACAUCCCCAUUGCCCAGCGACGACGGUUCACUCGUGUGGAGAUGGCCCGGGUCUUGAUGGAGCGCAACCAAUACAAAGAAAGGUUGAUGGAGUUGCAGGAGGCAGUCAGGUGGACAGAGAUGAUCAGAGCUUCGCGGGAACAUCCUUCUGUUCAGGAGAAAAAGAAAUCAACAAUUUGGCAGUUCUUCAGCCGCCUAUUCAGCUCCUCCUCCAGCCCUCCACCAGCAAAGAGGAGUUACCCGUCAGUGAACAUACACUACAAAUCUCCAACGGCGGCUGGGUUCAGCCAGCGCCGCAGCCACACCAUGUGCCAGAUCUCUGCUGGGAACCGUACCCUUGAGUUCUUCCCCGAUGAUGACUGCACGUCAUCCGCGCGCCGCGAGCAGAAGCGCGAGCAGUACCGCCAGGUCCGGGAGCACGUGCGGAAUGAUGACGGUCGCUUGCAGGCUUGUGGGUGGAGCCUGCCCGCCAAGUACAAGCAGCUGAGUCCCAAUGGCGGUCAAGAAGACAACCGAAUGAAGAAUGUCCCAGUGCCUGUAUAUUGCCGUCCACUGGUAGAGAAGGAUCCAACCAUGAAGUUGUGGUGUGCGGCUGGAGUCAACUUAACAGGUUGGAAGCCUGUGGAACCGGAUGCUGCAAAUGGGCAGAAACCCGAACCUGGAUGUGAUCCUCUGACUUGUGAUCGGGAAGUGGAGGGAGAGAGUACCAAAAGUACCCAUACGUCGCCAGAAAAGAAAACGGCCAAAGAGUUGCAUGAGAUGGAUGCCACGUCCAGUCGAGUGUGGAUUCUCACAAGCACAUUGUCUACGAGCAAAGUUGUGAUCAUUGAUGCCAACCAGCCUGGCACGGUAGUGGACCACUUCACCGUCUGCAAUGCACAUGUGCUUUGUAUUUCCAGCAUUCCAGCAGCCUGUGAUACCGACUAUCCUCCUGGGGAAAUCUUUCUGGAAGGAGACAUGAAUCCUGAAGAUUCACUGGGGACGGAUGGUGUUUUGGCAGGCAUCACCUUGGUCGGCUGUGCAACCCGGUGCAACGUUCCCAGCAGCAACUGCUCCUCCCGCGGAGACACCCCAGUGCAGGAUAAAGGACAGAGCAAAGUGCCCAUCGUAAGCAAUGGCAAGAUCAAUCAGUGCCAAUCCACCGAGGAGGCGACAGAAGCCACGGAGGUGCCAGAGAAUAGCGGGAAUGAAAUGGAGCCCACCCAUGUCCGAACACAGCCGCUGACAGAACACGUCUUUACAGAUCCUCCCCCAGCUCAGCCACCUAUAAGACAGAACAGUGAGAAUGGACAACCUAAAGUGGAAUCAAGCACAGCAGCACAGGAACAAGAAGCAAAUGGGAAUCCAUCUGGGGCCACCACUAGCGCAGCCCCUACCAUGUGGCUUGGAGCACAGACUGGAUGGUUGUACGUGCACUCGGCGGUCUCAAACUGGAAGAAAUGCUUACACUCGAUCAAGCUGAAGGACUCAGUGUUGAGCUUGGUGCAUGUGAAAGGCCGCGUUCUUGUAGCCCUGGCUGAUGGGACGCUAGCCAUAUUCCACCGAGGAGAAGAUGGCCAGUGGGACCUCAGCAACUAUCAUCUCAUGGACCUGGGCCACACGCACCACUCUAUCCGGUGUAUGGCUGUGGUGUACGACCGUGUGUGGUGUGGUUACAAGAACAAAAUUCAUGUCAUCCAGCCCAAGACAAUGCAGAUAGAGACCUCCUUCGAUGCCCACCCUCGCCGGGAGAGCCAGAUCCGGCAGCUUGCUUGGAUUGGAGAUGGUGUUUGGGUUUCCAUCCGCCUAGAUUCCACCCUGAGGCUCUACCACGCUCACACCCACCAGCAUCUCCAGGACGUGGACAUUGAGCCCUAUGUCAGCAAAAUGUUGGGGACUGGAAAACUCGGCUUCUCCUUUGUGCGGAUUACAGCCUUGCUCAUUGCUGGCAAUCGUCUUUGGGUCGGGACAGGCAACGGUGUCAUCAUUUCUAUCCCUUUGACAGAGACUGUAGUCCUCCACCGGGGUCAACUUCUUGGGCUCAGGGCCAAUAAGACCUCUCCAACAUCUGGUGAAGGGAACCGCCCUGGCGGAGUGAUUCACGUGUAUGGCAGUGAUGACGGCAGCGACAAAUCGGCCAGUAGCUUCAUCCCGUACUGCUCUAUGGCUCAAGCUCAGCUCUGCUUCCACGGUCACCGCGAUGCGGUCAAGUUCUUUGUCUCUGUGCCUGGCAAUGUUCUUGCAACGCUAAAUGGAAGCGUGCUCGACAGCCCGUCGGAGAACCCCAGCACCGAGGCAGUCGAGACGGAGGGGCAGAAACUGAAAAAUGUCCUGGUGCUGAGCGGUGGGGAAGGAUACAUCGACUUCCGGAUUGGCGAUGGAGAAGAUGAUGAGACAGAGGAAAGCGCAGGGGAGGCUCCUUCUGUCAAGCCCAUCCUCUCGAAGGCUGAACGGAGCCACAUCAUCGUGUGGCAAGUGUCCUACAUCCCCGAAUGAGCUCCUCUUCUUUCUGCCAAGGUAACGUUCUCCCUCCUGAUUCCCAAAAUCCCCCGAAUGCCAAAAUGUACAUACAGAACUCCUGCAUUAUUUCCUGUUGGCGGAAAACUGAACCACAGACAGCAGCGACGGCUUCUGCACCGGCCGGUGCUUUCCCUCCUCGUCUCACCUCUAGGCUCGCAGCUUUCAUCUUGGGCCAGCGCACGUUCUGAAAUGCGCCAGGUUCGUCGUUGGCCUUCCCAGGGGGGGGGGAGAGUGGUGAGAAUGAAGCACCUGGCAAGUUGGGCCUUAGGAAGCAUGAGAAGAACCGACCUGGUUUGGAAGGGUGGGCAAGUUUUUCAAGACAGUUCCCUCUCAACGCCCCUCUCCUACUUGCAUGGGAAAAGACCCCCCAGCUGUUUGUUGGCUCCUUCCCUCUUUCUAAUAUUUGACACCACCGAAGGUGUGCUGAUGGCAUGCAGUCGCUCUACGAGUAUGGAAGAAACGGUUUCCAAGAUGAGAAGCAACAUUCUGAAUCUGUAUCUUCCAAUCUAUGGGAUAGUUUCGGAGCAGUGGGGACUUGAUUUAAGAAUCUGAAACAGGCUCUAACAAGGGGUUCAAACAUGUUCAAAAACACAGUGAUAAGUCACCAGUGGGAGGUCAGAACCAAAGAAUCCACCAAAGGCCCCCGGCGCCUGUCCGUUUCUGGAGCAAUUUUGAAUUGAACCUGGGCAGUAUCUGCAGAGCAGACCCGUUUUGAAUGGUCCGAGGCCGACAGGAGGAAAACAACCUCUGUUCACUGGCAGGAGGGUGAGGUCAAGAAAGAUUUGGGGAGUUCUUUCUCCGAGCAGCGUUGGAAAGCCACCAAGCUCUGUUGUAUGUCGUUGUUACCACUCGCUUGGGUUUGUCCUGUGAGAUUUUUGUAGAGCCCGGAUGGAGGAUCAGGCAUGAUGGAUGGCCUCAAGAGCCCUGAAAGGUCCUUUGUAGGCCAUUUAGGAAGGAAUGUGUUGAGGAGAAAAUACAGGCCCCUGUGGCUGUUGUCUUUUAAGCCAGGGGAUCUUGAGAGGAAAGCAGACGGAGGUGUUGAAGAAAGAACAGUGGAGGUAUGCAUUUGGUGAGGGAGGAGCAGAGACGAGAGGAAACACACAGAGAGAGAGAGAGAGAGCAAGCCAAGAAGGUUGGAGGAGAACACUCUUGGUGAGUGGUUUAUAGAAUCUGCAAGAGAAAAAGCAGAAACUGACCAGAGGGGGACAGAAUCAAGCUGGAUGAUACAGAUAGCGCUUUGUUAAAAGCGGGAAGCGCUGAACGAUGUUGACUUGCCACAGCAGCUUUUCACACCCCCUGUCAAGUGUGCAAAUUAGCUUACUUUGUUUUGGGGUUGAUCACUGGGAGGGUUAAUGCGGACUUCAUGUGGUCAGCCACACCGCUCCAACCCUAGCGCGCUUUCCGCUUCUAACAAGACGCUGUUUCUGUCGUCUUUCCAACUGUUGGGAUGACCGAAAAUUUGUGCCAGAAAAGGAAUGCCUGAGAAUGGAUUUCCAUUUUGAGGGAAAGUAACUCUAGGAGGGGAAGGGGGGGUUCUUCCCCAAGGGGAACAGAGGCUGAUGAUUAUGGCUUCAAAAGCCAUAUGAUGAAACAGCUGGAGCAACUCAGAUGUGCCCUGGUGUCCUGUGGAAAAAAAAACAUAAAAAUCCCUCAUAAAAACCCACUUCCGUUGAAUUCUACCCCUUGGUAGAAUUCUUAAAGCCCUAGGGUUUCUCAUGAGCGAAAUGGCCCUUGUAACAAGAACAUCAGCUUCGUUCUUGGCGGCAAGUGCUGGGAGACCCUGGGUAGCCCAUGGCAGCAACCGGCACACGAUUCUUUUCUUCUGUCCCCCAUUGCCCUUCCUACUCCUACUCAUUUCAGCUUCUUUCCUUGGCCUUUCUGAGCUCUGCGUUAGGCCAGGCUAUAACGUUCAGCUCUAUCCAGGUGUUUUAUUUUGGCAUUCUGAAAAUGUUGCACCUCAGGGGCCGUCUGGCAGGGCAUCGUCUAACAGCCUCUGUUUUUAGGACACAAGAUUUAGGUAGGUCUCUGGUGUGUGCACAAGAGUCACACUGCAGAAAACAAGACCUUGUUCAAGACAGUCGCUGUCAUGACACUACCAGGUACAGUGGUGCCCCGCAUAGUGAG